AUGAAGAAUGCCAGAGUUGUCAUAUCAACAAGUACUUCCGAUUUCCACCGUAUGACAGUAACUAACAAAAACUGUCCUGUCAAGUGCGAUUGUAAACGUUUCUCAGAUCUCGGCCUGUGUGCUCACAUCAUAGCAGUGGCGUACGAUGAAGGAAAAUUGAAUGAAGUUGUCAGAAAUUACAAGCCCAAUAUAUCUGCAAUAGUACAGCCUUCUGGAAAAGCUGGAAAAAACCCAAAUCAGUCGGUCAGAAAGCGCAAGUCGUCAACAACUAAAGGAAAGCGAAGUGUUGCAGAAUUUAAUGAUCCACUCGCUCAUACUGACCUCAUUAACUUUCCGGACCCAGAUAACUGGACAGUAGUUUUUGUGAAAAAUACGAAGAUGCGGAAAUGCUAUGGAUGUGGGGGAAGCGUCAGGCAAGACGUCAGCGUUGUACCUCCUUCUCCCUGGAAUAUUGUCCUUGCAAGACGCGAGUACCGAGCGUAUACUCCACGCGGCAAACGUUCAAUCCAGAUUUCGGCAAAGAAGGAGAUGGUUUAUUAUCACCCAAGGAUGAAAUGCCUCCGUGAAAAGAACACAGAUGUUACUGGAAACCGCGUACAAGUACCCAGUGAUAUUGCCCUAGACCUGGACGAUUUACAACGAGCCCAGUUGAGAAAAGAGUUUGGAAUUGACUUGUAG